AUGCCUCCACCGGCUAUGGUGACAGGCUCGGCGGCCUCCUCGGCCUCCUCGGCCUCCUCGAGCGAGGUCACUCUCACUGAAGAGAAGACCAUCGAAAAGUACCAAUCUCGAGAGAUAGGUUCAAGCGAGACCACUAGGCCAGAUGACAUGGACCUCGAGGCGCAGACUGCGCAACCCAAGCCCAAAUUGUUUGCCUCGACACGCUAUGCCAUUCUCACCAUAUACCGACGUCUGUUCACGCUAGUAUUCCUAGCCAACGUCGCCGUCUUUGUGGCCGUCAUGACCACAGAACAGAAGCUCUUAGCCCUGGUCAAUGCCACCGCCGCCAACCUGCUCGCUUGUGGUCUGGCCCGGCAACCACUAGUCGUCAACGCCAUCUUCCUAGUUGUGUGCUCGAUGCCGAGGUCAGCACCACUGCCCCUGCGCAAGAUAGCAGCCAAAGUCUACCACUAUGGUGGCGUUCACAGCGGCUGUGGAGUGGCCUCACUCGUCUGGUACGGGGGGUUCGUUGGCGUCCUGUCCCACCAGUACUGGGCAACAACCCCAGCCUCGGCCAUGAUCCGCCUUUCCGCCGCGCCAGUCACGCUAGCGUAUAUCAUCCUGGUCCUGCUGUUAGCGAUAAUCGUGGUGGCACACCCCACGUUCCGCAUGAAACGGCACGACUAUUUCGAACUCACCCACCGUUUCUCGGGGUGGCUGAUCGUAGCCUUGUUCCUCGCCUUGCUGAUGGUCUUCGCCCACGAAGCCAGCCAAUCCAUGCACAAACCCCUCGGCAACUUCCUCGUCACCCUCCCAGCCUUCUGGUUCCUCGUUCUCACCGUCAUCUCCAUCAUUCAGCCUUGGCUCUUCCUCCGCAAGGUCGCGGUGCGGGCCGAGCCUCUCUCCACCCACGCCACCCGCCUCCACUUCGACCACACGACAACAACCUUCGCAAAGGGCAUCCAACUUGCCAAGCACCCCCUCCGCGACUGGCACAGCUUCGCCACCUUCCCAGACACGCCAGCGGGAACGGACGGCCCAUCCAGCUUCUCAUGCCUAGUCUCCAAAGCCGGCGACUGGACAACCAACACGAUUCAGCAACCGCCAACCCACCUCUGGAAGCGAGGUGUGUUGACACACGGCUUUGCAUACGCGAUGCGUGUUUUCAGCCGUGUAAUCGUCGUCACAACAGGCUCAGGCAUCGGGCCCUGCUUGUCCUUCCUGGGCGACAAGAACCGGCCUGCGCUGCGCGUGCUCUGGCAGACUCGCGCGCCUCUCAAGACAUACGGUGAGGGCGUGAUGGAGAUGGUGCAUCGGAUGGAUUGUGCUCCCAUCAUUAUGGACACGAACAAGUGUGGCCGCAUCGACAUGGUCCCCAUUAUCCUGCAGCAGAUUAAGUACUUUGAUGCCGAGGCGGUGUGCGUGAUCAGUAACCCUGUGCUGACGGGGCGAAUUGUGUAUGAGCUUGAAGCGCGAGGAAUUCCGGCGUUUGGCCCAAUUUUCGAUUCCUGA